AUGGGACUCAAAUGCUCCGAACACUUGCUAAUACACCAAGGCGUCAAGAACUUCGAGUGUCCCACGUGUGGGAUGCGGUUCCGGACGCGAGCCCAGAUAAAACACCAUCAGCUGAAACACAGUGACAUUAAGGACUAUUACUGCGUGGAGUGCGACGUCAAAUUCAAAUCGUCGCACACCUUACGGCAACACUUACAGAAGAGUCUGAAACACAAAGACAAGAGGACCUUUAAUUUCCAAUGCACCCGAUGCGACAAACGUUUCGAGACGGAAGCAGCUCUUCGCUCCCAUACCCUCAUCCAACACGAGGGCGUUAGAGGACAUCGCUGUACGGACUGUCCUGCAGCGCUGGCUUCAAGGAGUUCCUUAUUGAAACAUAUACACAGCGUGCACAGGGGGAUCAAACCUGCGCUUAGGCACGUCUGUGACACUUGCGGGAAGGCUUUCCGGGGCAAAAGCGUCCUAACGAACCACGUGCGAACGCACACGGGUGAGAAGCCUUUCGCGUGCGCUACUUGCGGCCGUGGGUUCUCGCAGCGCACUGCGAUGCUCACUCACGUCAAGCUUGUGCAUAUGAAGAUGCGAAGACGGCAUAAGUUGGAUCCGGAGCCCGAGCCUCUGCCCGCCAAGGAACAAAACCUGAAGACAGAAUGGCGAUCAGCGCCGCCGCCUUGCGACAUAUACUACCACGUUACUGCCUGAAUUGUAGUGAAUUAGUUACUAAACAUACUAUUCGACACCACCACCGACCAGUGGGUCUAGACAAAAUGCACUUUUUGAUCGAAUCGAAAACCGAAUAUGUCAACUCCAUACCAAAAAA